AUGGUGCGAGCUGUAGAGUGCCAGUACUCAGGUGCAGCUGGGAGUGUGCCAGUAUCAGGUGCAGCUGUGAGUGUUGCCAUUACUCAGGUGCAGCUUGUGAGUGUUGCCAGUACUCAGGUGCCAGCUGUGGAGUGUGACAGUACUCAGGUGAAGCUGUGUAAAGCUGUGAGUGUGUCCACUGCUCAGGUGGUAGCUGAGAGUGUUGUCCAUUGCUCAGGUGAAGACUGUGAGUGUGUCAGUACUCAGGUUGAAUCUGGUGCAGCUGGGAGUGUGCCAGUAUCAGGUGCAGCUGUGAGUGUUGCCAUUACUCAGGUGCAGCUUGUGAGUGUUGCCAGUACUCAGGUGCCAGCUGUGGAGUGUGACAGUACUCAGGUGAAGCUGUGUAAAGCUGUGAGUGUGUCCACUGCUCAGGUGGUAGCUGAGAGUGUUGUCCAUUGCUCAGGUGAAGACUGUGAGUGUGUCAGUACUCAGGUUGAAUCUGGGGAGGACGCAGUAUACCGCAGUACAGUGGUGGCGCUGGAGGGGGAUGCUCCCAGACCUCCUGGAGGAGUCGCCUUCAACAUCAAGAACAAGGUUGGUCGGUGUAUGAGCAGGAAGACGCUACACCGCCGGCUGCCGUGCCUCACCUGGCUCAGGAGCUACAACACAGAAUGCUUGCUGGGGGACCUGGUAGCUGGCUUCACCGUCGGUCUCAUGAUCAUACCCCAGGCUCUGGCUUACGGCCUUGUAGCUGGCCUCAGUCCUAGCUAUGGACUAUACUCGUCCUUCAUCCCCUGCUUCGUGUAUUUCCUGCUGGGGUCGACGAUGGAGCUCAACAUCGGCCCUACAGCCGUCAUGUCCCUUAUGACGUACCAGUACACCGGUGAAGGUGGAGCUGACUAUGCUGUUCUCCUCGCCUUCAUGUCUGGCGCAAUAGAACUGAUCGCUGGCAUCAUCAACCUAGGGUUCCUGAUCAACUUCAUCUCUCAGCCAGUGAUCAGUGGGUUCACCUCAGCUGCUGCCGUCAUCAUAGCCUCGUCUCAGCUGAAGCAACUCUUUGGUCUUCGUCUCCAGACCAAGGGGCUGAUCAACACCUGGGUGAAGGUCUUCUCAAACCUCCAUGAUUUCCGCUGGCAAGACCUAACCCUCGGUCUCGUCGGUAUUAUUGUCCUUUUUCUCCUAAAGGAGGUGCGCACGGUACCCUGGCCGUGUGUGGACCGCAACAGUCGUGGACUGGGUCAGCGACUCUUAAGAAAGAUGGUCUUCUACCUUUCAGUCGGCCGUAAUGCUAUCGUUGUUAUUACUUGCUCUGUCAUCGCCUAUUGCCUCGAUGGGGAUGAACAACCCUUCACAAUUACAGGCUACGUGGAGCCUGGGAUACCAUAUGCAUCUCUUCCGCCGUUCUCCGCCGAGAUCAACAACCAGACCAUAACGUUUCCAGAGAUCAUGAGUGACAUUGGCAUUGGUAUAGCGAUGGUGCCAUUCAUUGCCAUUCUUCACCAUAUUGCUAUUGUCAGUGCCUUUGCUAAAGGAAGAACUUACGACACCACCCAGGAGAUUAUUACUCUGGGAGUCUCCAAUAUUAUUGGCUCAUUUUUUGGGUCUAUGCCAACGACGGGAGUUUUGGCAUCUUCAGCAGUUAACCUGACGAGUGGAGUGCGUACUCCUGCUGGUGGUUUGGUCACAGGAAUCAUGGUUCUCCUCGCACUCACCUUCCUCACGCCGUGCUUCACUUACAUUCCCAAAGCUACGCUGGCGGCAGUGAUCAUAUGUGCAGUGAUUAAUCUCAUUGAUUAUGAGAUCUUGGCUCCGCUCUGGAGAAGUAAGAAGAUCGACCUGGUACCUCUUAUGGUCACCUUCUUGGCCUGCCUCUUGUGGGGACUCGAGUGGGGGAUUCUCCUGGGCAUCGGUAUCAAUCUCUCAAUGCUCCUCUACUCCAUUGCUACACCUACUAUCAAAGUGGCCAUUGUUACACCCAAUAAGCAUCAUGGAGGAUAUGUUCUGGUUACUCCUUCUCAUGGCCUGAGCUACCCCAGCAUCUCUCACAUCCGUAGUGCCAUCAGAAAGGCUGGUCUCCGGCAGGCUGGUGGCUCUCUGCCUAUAGUCAUUGAUUGUUCCUUUAUUGAUACUGCUGACUUUACAUCGGCUAAGGGAAUAAAGGGGAUGGUGGACGACUUCCAGCUGCGUGGGCAGACUCUGGUGUUCGUGGGGAUGAAGCCUCGUGUUCUGCAGAUCGUUGGUGCACUUCACGAGGGCAUCGUUGUGUGCUCCAGCUUUGAUGCUUUGCCUGAGGCUCUGGCAGAUGGCGAGACCGAGGUGGGACUGGAAACCGUCAACUGCGGUGGACGCCACGGCGGAGAUAUAGUCAUCUCUACCAUGAUAUCCACACCCACGUCUGACACCAGUGACGCAGCCAACCCUCUGCUCACCACCACAGCUUUCCAAGACCAGAAGUAGCAUAACUUUACAACUAUUUUGGCCACAAAUAGCAAAUCUCUCAAAGGCAGGGCAAACUGCAAAUCAGAUCACCUGGUCUGUCUCUAACUUCUUGACUCUUGCAGUCACUGGGCUUACCUAUUCUUAACAUUUUCUGGAGCAUGUGCCGAGGGCCCAAAUCCAGCUCAGAUAGGGACGUACAGUUUGAGGCUAUUACCCCAGAGAAUGUGAUCUAAGACUAGUAAUUGAAUGAGCCAGAUAAGAAUUUCACCGGCGCGCUGUGAAAAGUGCACCACACUACUCUCAGCACAUGUAUAGUCAACUACGAGAGAUAUAUAACACAUAGAAUGUGCACAACAAUACUCGAUCCUUCAAGCUGAAUUCCAAGGAAUAUCAACACGUCGUCCCAAGUGGGAGGUGCUUCAGUAGCAUCAUAGUUAUACUGAGACAGAGAAGAAACUACCUGGUAGACUCGAGGGUAGUAUAUGGAAUAAGUCAGGAAGAGUGAUGGUAACUUGUCAGUAUUUUAGUCUUGGUAACCAGAAGUGAAGCAUGUUUCUGGUCUUGGUAAAUCUCAAGUGAAGCAUGUUUAUAGUCUGGUAACUUGAAGUGAAGUAAAAAUGAGCACCUUAAAUAUUCCUGUUAAUGAUGCAUAUCAGUGUUGGGCUUUAAUUAAGCUCCGUAGAUCAUGUCGAGUUGUGUUGACGCAUCACAGUAACGGUAUGCUGCCUUCAUAACAGCAUACCGUUUCUUCAUAACGGCAUACUAUCUUCAUAACAGCAUAAUGCCUUCAUAACAUAUUGCCUUUGUAACAGUAUAAUGCCUUCAUAACAGCAUACUGUUCAUAACAGCAUGCUGUCUUCAUAGCACAUUUUCAUAACAUACUGUUUCUUCAUAACGGCAUGAUGUGUCGUCAUAACAUCAUGGGUCAUCAGCACAGCAUAUGUCAUCAUAACAGCAUGUCAUCAUAUGUAUCAUAACAGCACGUGUCAUAGCAGCAUGUUGUCAUCAUAACAGUAUGUUGUGUCAUAACAGCAUGUAUCAUCAUAACAGGAUGCGUCAUACCAGCAUGCUGUCAUCAUAACGUGUCAUCAUUACAACAUAUAACAACAUAUUGUGGCAUAACAGCAUGUUAUAACAGUAUAACAGCAUCCUGUGUCGUAACAGCAUUCCAUGUGCCAUAACAUCAUACUACGUCGUCAUAAUAGUAUGUGAUCAUACCAACAUUCUAUGUGUUAUAAGAGCAUACUGUUAUAAUAGCAUGUGUCAUAACAGCAUACUGUGUCAUCAUAAUAACAUACUGUUUCGUCAUAACAGAAUACUGUCAUCAUAACAUACUGUGUCGUCAUAACAGCAUAUUUCAUGAUAACCAUGUGUCAUCGCAUACUGUGUAAUAACACCAUACCAAGUCAUAACAUCACAUGGUGUCACCAUAACAGCAAAUGAUGUCACCAUAACAGCACAUGGUGUCACCAUAACAGCAUAGUGUCAUAACAGCAUACCGUUUCAUCAUAACAGCCUGCCAUGUCAUGAUAACAGCAUACCGUGUCAUCACAACAGCAUAGUUAGAACAGAACACAGUGUCAUAACAGCAUACAGUAUCAUCACAUGUUGCUUACAGUGUCAUUAUAACAGCAUACAUUCUUAUUAGCACAAGGUGUCUCAUAACAGCAUACAGUGUCAUCACAUGUUGCCUACAGUGUCUGCAUAACAGCAUAUAAUUAUAACAGCAUGAAGUAUUAUCAUAACAGCAUACAUUGUCAUCAUAACAGCAUACAGUAUCGUCAUAACGGCAUGGUGUCAACACAACAGCAUAGUGUCUUCAUAACAGCAUUGUCAUCAUAACAGCAUAGUGUCAUAACAGCAUACAUUGUCAUCACAACAGCAUACAGUGUCAUCAUAACAGCAUACAGUGUCAUCAUAACAGCCCAUGGUGUCUCAUAACAGUGACAAGUACCUCAGUGGUUACUAUGCAAGACUGUUCUCUCAGGGGGAAGCAGCGUAAUGUUGAUGCCAUAACUAUUAAGUCAGCACAUAUUGAUGUCAUUUAAUUAUACAUCAAUUCCAUCAGUGCUUGAAUUUCGUACCAUUGAUGUCAGUUAAUUAUACAUCAAUUCUGUCAGUGCUUGAAUCUCGUGCCAUUGAUGUCAGUCAGUAAUACAUCAACUCCAUCAGUGCUUGAAUCUCGUACCCCACUGAUGAACUCUCCCUUUCAUUUGUAAAUAAUUUUUUAGGUGUUCUCACUACUUUUCAAUAGAAGUUAGCUAGUGUAGAGAAUCACGACUUUUUUUUUCUCUUAGGCCCUAACUUUCAUUAGUAAUUAGUUAGAAUUGUUAGAAUAGUGAAUCACGAUUUUUUGUUUUUGUUUAGGUCAUAGAUUUCGUCAUUGAUGUUCAGUGUGAUGAGCGAGAACAUAUCCCAGCAGUUUAUUUCUUUAUUUACAUUCGUGUGUAGCUUUGGUAGUGAUGUAGGUUCGUCUUCGUAACCUUGUUUUUAUCAGGGGAAAAAAUUAACAAUACGAAGGCUAAUGUCAGCAUCCAGUUGUGUAUGUGUAUGUGUGUGUACUCACGUAUUUGUGGUUGCAAGGAUCGGUUCUCAGAUCUUGGACCUGUCUGCCUCUUGCAACCCUUCAGUUCACUCCUUCUUAGUCUCGUGUGUGUGUGUUCUUAACUUCUUACCUAUUUGUGGUUGCAGGGUCGAGUCACAGCUCCUGGCCCCGCCUCUAUAUAUGUUUAUCUGUAUAUGGUGGUUGCAGGGUUCGAGUCCUAGUUCCUGACCUCGCCUCUAAACUUGCCCAUCCUAGCCUCAGGGGCCCUUUCGUACCUGAUCUUAAAACUGUGUAUGGAUCAUGCCUCCAGCCCUUCUUCAUCGAGAUCAUUCCACUUCCCGACCAUUCUGAGAGUGAAGAAAAUUUUUCUGACAUCCCUGUGGUUCGUCUUUGCCUUUAACGUCCAGCUGUCCUCGAGUAUUUGUUUCUUGACUCCAAUUUCCCAGAGAAUUUCGUAUACUGUUAUCUUCCUGGUUCCUUUGUCCUCCAGUGUCUUUAGAUUCAAUUCAGUUAGCCUCCUAUCAUAGCUCGUACGCCUGUGCUCUUGAACAAACCUCACUGCAUGUUUCUGUACUUUAUCCAGUCUCUUAACAUGGAUUUUUCAGGUGUGGGUUCCAUACUGGUGACGCAUACUCCAAGAUGGGCUUGACAUAUGUCAUAUAAACAUCCUGAAAUGACUUGUUGUGAUUCCUGAUUCCUGAAGUCCUUUCCAAAAUUUGCGAACAAUCAUGAAUACAUACAUACGUACAUACACAUUGGAUGAUUACCGCAUAAUAACUUCAUCAAAUUUCGCAAUUUUAUCCGCACAUUUUAACUGCAUUUAUGAACCUUGAAGUAGGUGCCAAAAUAGUUUUAAGUAUAGUGCCCCUUGUUGUGGUGGCAUCGCAAAGUGUCCCAGAUGACCCCAAAAAAUUAUCUUGCAAAUUGGUGAGGCCACGGUAUGUGGCUAGGAUUGUCUAUACGACAUUCUACAGGGUUACAGGAAACAUUAUAGUGAAUCAUUGACAUAGUGUGUGUGUGUGGCUUUGUCAAGUACAGUACUUAACAGUCACUCUGCAGACUUGACAAAGAGUAACUUGUGGCUUGACAGUCGCAAUGCAGAAUUGACAAGUCACACUGCAGGCUUGACAGUCACACUGCAGGCUUGACAGUCACACUGCAGGCUUGACAGUUACACUGCAGGCUUGACAGUCACUGCAGGCUUGACAGUCACACUGCAGGCUUGACAGUUACACUGCAGGCUUGACAGUUACACUGCAGGCUUGACAGUCACACUGCAGGCUUGACAGUCACACUACAGGUUGGACAGUCACACUACAGGCUUGACAGUCACACUGCAGGCUUGACAGUUACACUGCAGGCUUGACAGUCACACUGCAGGCUUGACAGAGCCAAGAGUCACACUGCAGGCUUGACAGUCACACUGCAGGCUUGGCAGCCAAGAGUCACACUGCAGGCUUGACAGUCAAGAGUCACACUGCAAACUUGGUAGUCACACUACAUGUAUGUAGGCUUGACAAAGUCACUGCAGGCUUGACAAAGCCAAGCAACGGGAUUAAAGUUAUCCUUGCUCUGUCUUACGAGUGUUUGAUGCACCUUGUGACGAUAUUAACUGUGUAUUAGCAAACACUAGUAUAAAAUAAUAAUAAUAAUAAUGUGAGUCAAUGAAACUUUAUGAUGUAAAUAACAUUACAUGAACAAGGACACAGGUAUAGAACAAGAGUUUAGUGUGACAACGCUUCGCUCUGUGUAAAGCUUUUUGCAUAAAGCGAUACGUUGCCACAAAUAAAGCGUGUUUUGUACCCGUGUCUCCUAUUCAUUACUCUGGCAGUACGCUUCUAAAUCUAACAUUGGACUAAAUUGUAUUGGGCAAUUGCUUCAAUAAUGUGUUUUUUUUUUUUAAUAAAAGUUAUAAUAAAUUUGGUUUUCCCCGUAAAUGUACCAUAAAUAUUAAUUAAUUUGUGAGGUUAAAAAAUUAAACUUCGGGUCAAGAAUAAUAAUAAUAAUUAAUAAUAAUAAUUGAUUUGCAAAGAAAGCGUACUGAAGUGUUAAAGUUUUUGAAAAGCCUAUAGAUAAUAUGUAUAAUUAUGUUUAUGGCAACGGAAGUUAAUUUUGGGUCCUUAAAAUAUAAUUAUGAGGAGCCCAGUAAGCCUGUUUCUGGGAAUUGGUGAAAUAUGAUUAUUUUGGGUCCUUGUGUUUAUAAUUAUGUUCAUGCUAAACCUAGUGAAAUAGUUGCGCUGGUCAGGAAAUAUAAUUAUGUUGGGACCAGACAUAAUGGUGCUAGGACCAGGAAGUGUAAUUAUGUUGGGACCAGGAAAUGUAAUUAUGUUGGGGCCAAGAAAUUAGAAUUAUGUUCAGGCCAGGAAAUAUAAUUGUUGGGCCUAUUAAUUCUCAUUACAGUAAUGCCAGAAAAAUGUAAAUAUUUGGGAGCUUUUUAAGUUUAUAUAUGAUGGCAGGUAUUGCCUACACAAGUGACAGAGAGACACUUAGUACACAGCAAAAUGUUGUAGAUGUUUUGCUCUGGGUAGCUAAACACUCACAGUAAUGAAGGUUUUCUCUGGACCAAGUUGUCACUCACAGUAUAGUUUGGGUCAGUGUAGUACUGUAUAGUUCUGGUGGGGUCAUUUAAGUGUAGUUAAUUGGUAUUGGUAAGGAUAUAUUGGCUGUGAUGAGAGGGUGGGAGACCUAGUGAUUGUGGGGAGGAAAAAUAAUUGAUAUGCUAGUAGAGGAUAUUUUCGAUACAUAACCCAUACUGAUUUAACUUUCGUUUUUUUUAAUAUAAUAAUAAUAGAAUUACUGAUGAAGCUGUUCUUUAUAACGUAAUUAAAUUUUUUAGAAUUUAUGCUUACGUGGCUAUUAAUUUGAUGAGUUAUUACGGUGCAAUAAAACACAAAACGCAAAAAUUAAUAAGAAAAUGCGUAAUAAUGUAUUAUUUAAGGACAAGCAUCAUUGGUCAAAUAUUACUUAAAAGCAAUAUUACUUCAGUAUAUUUAUAAAUAUUAUGAUGAAAGUAUUUCAUUCAGAUAAUAUCAAUCAUAUAAUGCAAAUUUUAAUUUAUUUUAACUACCGAGUGAGUGUGGUUUUUUUUUUUUUUUACCCGAAAAAAAUAUUAAUUUUAUUUUUGUACAGGUCUGGGUACUAUAAUUAUAAAUCCUCAAAAAAUCUCUUUCGCAGGUGAAGUUAAGUGUACCUGAAAGAUUUUACCUGACUAAAGAAGCACAUCAAUACAAUUGGUCCUUGUUUUAGAGCCCAUUUAUUAAUUUCCCAGUGUAUUGAAUCUUUAAGAUUCAAUACUGGAAUUGAAUCUUUAAGAUUCAAUACUGGAAUUGAAUCUUUAAGAUUUAGUAGUGGAAUUGAAUCUUUAAGAUUCAGUACUGGAAUUGAAUCUUUAAGAUUUUAUAUGGAAUUGAAUCUUUAAGAUUCGAUAUUGGAAUUGAAUCUUUAAGAUUCAGUACUGGAAUUGAAUCUUUAAGAUUCAGUACUGGAAUUGAAUCUUUAAGAUUCAGUACUGGAAUUGAAUCUUUAAGAUUCAAUACUGGAAUUGUAAUCUUUAAGAUUCAAUACUGGAAUUGAAUCUUUAAGAUUCAGUACUGGAAUUGAAUCUUUAAGAUUUAGUAGUGGAAUUGAAUCUUUAAGAUUCAGUAUUGGAAUUGAAUCUUUAAGAUUCAGUACUGGAAUUGAAUCUUUAAGAUUCAGUACUGGAAUUGAAUCUUUAAGAUUCAAUACUGGAAUUGAAUCUUUAAGAUUCAAUACUGGAAUUGAAUCUUUGAGAUUCAAUACUGGAAUUG